AUGAGCGUGGGGCAGGGUCUUAGAUUAGCUGCACUUGACCCAUCAGGGAAUGGUUACAUCCUCAUUCCACUGACACUGGCCAUGUCUCAGUCAAUGAACUGUCCCCUGGAAAAUUGGCUAAACCCCUUGUUUAAAAUUGGUUACAAACGAAAAUUAGAAGAAGAUGACAUGUACUCUGUGCUUCUGGAAGAUCGCUCCCAGCACCUUAGAGAAGAACUACAAGGGUACUGGCAUCAAGAAGUUCUGAGAGGUGAGAAAGAUGCACGGGAGCCUUCUUUAAUGAAAGCAAUCUUAAAGUGUCACAGGAAAUCCUAUUUAGUUUUGGGAAUUUUUUACUUCUUGAGGGAGAAGGCUCAAGUAGUUCAGCCCAUAUUUUUGGGGAAAAUGAUUAAUUAUGUUGAAAACUCCAAUCGCACAGAUUCUGCUGCUUUGCAUGAAGCCUACGGCUACGCGGCAGGGCUGAGCACCAGUGUGCUGGUGUGGGCUGUUCUGCACCACUUGUACUUCUAUCACAUUCAGCGUGUAGGGAUGAGGCUGAGAGUAGCCGUGUGUCAUAUGAUCUACCGCAAGGAAUCAGAAACCCCAACCCUACAAGGCCUUUCAUUUACUGUCAGACCUGGUGAACUGUUAGCUGUGGUUGGACCUGUGGGAGCAGGAAAGUCGUCACUGUUACGUGCUCUGCUGGGGGAGCUGCCCCCGAGCCAGGGACAGGUCAGCGUGCAUGGAAGGAUCGUGUAUGUUUCUCAGCAGCCUUGGGUGUUCUCAGGAACUGUGAGGAGUAACAUUUUAUUUGGGAAGAAAUAUGAAGAAGAACGAUAUGAAAAAGUAAUAAAGGCUUGUGCUUUGGAAGAGGAUUUACAGCUUUUGAAGGAAAAUGAUAUAACUGAGAUAGGAGACUGGGGAACCCCACUGAGUGAAGGACAGAAAGCCCGGGUCAGCCUCGCCAGAGCCAUGUAUCAGGACGCAGACGUCUACCUCCUGGAUGAUCCGCUCAGUGCAGUGGAUGCAGGAGUCAGCAGACACUUGUUUGAACAGUGUAUUUGUCAGGCCUUGAAGGAGAAGAUCACAAUCUUAAUGACUCAUCAGCUGCAGUACCUAAAGGAUGCAAGUCAGAUUCUGAUAAUGAAAGAUGGCAAAGUUAUGUUAAAGGGUACUUUUGCUGAGUUUUCAAAAUCUGGGGUAGAUUUUGAAGAUAUUAUUUUAAGGAAGGAGAUAGAGGAGGCUGAACCAUCUCCAGGUCCAGGAACACUCACUCUGAUCUCUGAGUCUUCGGUUCAAUCUCAACCGUCUUCCAGGCCCUCUUUGAAAGAUGCAGCUCUAGAGGACCAAGAUACUGAGAAUAUACAGGUUACAUGACCACUGGAGGACCGUUUGGUUGGAAGAGUUGGUUUUAAGAGCUAUGAGAAUUACUUCACAGCUGGUGCUCACUGGUUUAUCAUCAUUUUUCUUAUUCUAGUGAACAUUGUAGCUCAGGCAAAUGGACAGAGUACUCUAUAUGUCCUGGUAUCUGGAAAUGGAAGGAUGAAUGAGAUACCUGAUCCUGACUGGUACUUAACGCUUACUCAGGUACAACUGAAAGAAGCCAUCAGAGAUCUUCCUGGUAAAAUGGAUACUAAAUUAGCAGAAUAUGGAUCGAACUUUAGCGUUGGACAGCAACAACUGGUGUGCCUUGCCAGGGCUAUUCUCAGGAAAAAUCGGAUAUUGAUUAUUGACAAAGCAACAUCACACAUGGAUCCAAGAACUGAUGAGUUAAUAAAAAAAAUCCGUGAGAAAUUUGCCCAGUGCACUGUACUGACCAUUGCACACAGGUUGAGUACCAUUAUUGACAGUGAAUGGAUAAUGGUUUUGGAUUCAGGGAGAAUGAAAGAAUAUGGCCGUCCGUAUGAUUUGCUACAAAACACAAACAGUCUGUUUUAUAAGAUGGUGCAACAACUGGGUGAGGCCGAGGCCGCUGCUCUUACUGAAAGAGCAGAACAGCUGAAGAUGGAAAAGUUCUACACAGGCAGCAAAAACCAGACCUGGAGCUGA